AUGAAGGACUAUCCUGUGCAAGUGGAAGACGCGUACGCUGAGUGCAGGAUUGAGAAACUGGAUGAUAUUUCACCAGAACAUCUUGAACGCAAUGUUGAUGCAAAAAUUCGAAAUCCUCUUUCUCACUUGUCACGCGAGCAGGUCUUGCUCUUAGCUAAUCAACUGGCACAUGAGCAUGAUCUCUUGGAAUUCUCUGCAUUGCUUGAAAAGGGAGCUCUUGUGGCACAGGACCCAGAGGGUUUUGAAGGUUUACCUGAACUUGACGAGGUAGAUAAGGAGGCUAUCCGGCAAGAGAAGUUGCAUAAAUGGCGACAACCGAAGGCCCUCUAUCUCACUGUGAUUCUGUGCUCAUUGGCUGCCGCGGUCCAAGGAUGGGACCAGACGGGCACUAAUGGGGCCAACUUAACUUUCCCCCAUGUUUUUGGAAUUUCUUCCCAGACUGGAAUUGACCCUUGGAUCGUCGGCUUGAUUAAUGCUGCCCCCUACUAUUCAGCUGCGAUGAUUGGAUGCUGGCUUUCAGAUCCUCUCAACAACCGUUUCGGCCGCCGGACCACAAUUUUCAUAUCUGCUAUCUUCUGCCUCUUUCCAGUAAUUGGGUCCGCAUUCAGUCAAACAUGGUUGCAACUUCUGAUUACGCGUAUCCUCAUGGGGAUUGGCAUGGGCUGCAAAGCCUCAACAGCGCCGGUAUUCGCUGCCGAAAAUUGUCCAGCCUCGAUUCGCGGAGGAUUGGUCAUGUCAUGGCAAAUGUGGACUGCGUUCGGAAUCUUCCUCGGACUUAGUGCUAAUCUGGCAGUCUUCCAUACUGGAUCUAUUGCCUGGCGACUGGAAUUAGGCUCCGCCUUUAUUCCCGCCGUUCCCCUGGCAAUUGGCAUCUUCUUUUGCCCUGAGUCUCCCCGAUGGUACAUGAAAAAAGGAAGAUACAAGGAUGCUUUCAGUGCCCUCAAGUCUCUCCGAAACACCCCGAUCCAAGCGGCCCGCGAUCUGUGUGCCAUUCACGCCCAACUGGCACACGAAAGAAAGCUUACUGAUGGGAACAAUUACGCGACCCGGUUCAUCCAACUAUUUACUGUACCCCGCAUACGCCGGGCUACUCUUGCUUCUUUCACGGUAAUGAUUGCCCAACAAAUGUGCGGCAUCAAUAUUGUGGCAUUUUACUCCUCAACUAUUUUUGCUGCGGCUGGAUUUACCGAAUUCCAAGCUCUCCUGGGGUCAUGGGGCUACGGCAUCAUUGGCUUCGUUUUCGCAUUUCCCGCAAUCUGGACCAUUGACACCUUUGGACGCCGCAGCUUGCUUCUUUUUACGUUUCCUCAAAUGACAUGGACCCUCCUAGCCGCUGGACUUUCAAAUCUGAUACCACAGGACAACAAAGCCCAUCUUGCCCUUGUCGCUCUUUUCAUAUAUAUGUUCACUGCUUUCUAUUCCCCCGGAGAAGGCCCUGUGCCCUUCACAUACUCGGCGGAGGUUUUCCCGCUCUCGCAUCGAGAAGUGGGAAUGGCAUGGGCUGUGGCAACCUGUUUCUUUUGGUCCAGUAUCUUAUCCUUGACGUUUCCUACCCUCCUUGCCAGCUUUGGUGCUGUCGGAGCAUUCGGGUUCUAUGCCGGGUUAAACUUUCUUGCGCUGAUAAUGAUAUUCCUUUGGGUGCCAGAGACAAAGCAGCUCACUCUGGAGGAGCUUGACUACGUCUUCGCUGUUCCCACUAGAACCUUCAUGAAAUACCAGAUCGCGGAGGCGUUGCCAUACUUUAUCAAACGAUGGAUAUUGUGGAGAAGAGACGCAACGUUAAGGCAGCUCUUUCAACUUGAAGAGCUUGAGAGACAUGAAUGA